AUGAAGCACUCUUGGCUAUUCGUUUCCGCCGCGACGGCGGCUGCAGUCGCCAACCCAUCCUAUCUGACCAUAGCAGCUGACUCUUCGAUCCGACACGGCGUCAGGCAAACCUUUGGCUAUACACAAGCGACUCUCUACGAAGGCUUCGAAGCCGCCAUCCAACUGACCAAGAACCAGACGCUCGUCGACUGGUACCAGGGUCAGAUCGACAACGUCGUCGUAAGGUCCGACGGCACCAUCGCCAACUGGAACUACACGCACUACUCUCUCGACGACUACCGCAUCGGCAACAACUUCCUGUGGUGGUAUGAGCGCACAGGCGAGGAAAAGUACAAGACGGCCGCCAAAACGAUCCGCGAGCAGCUCAACCGCCAUCCGCAGAACAAGGAAGGCGGGUUCUGGCACCGCAGCCCCAUCUACAAAGACCAGAUGUGGCUGGACGGCAUCUUCAUGGCGGACACCUUCUAUGCAGCCUGGACCAGCAAGUUCGACGCCGGCAACACCACCGCAUGGAACCACAUUGUGCGCCAGUUCGACAACAUUGAAAAGUACACGCGCAACAAAACCACAGGCCUGCUCGUCCACGGCUACGACGAAAGCAAGAGCAGAGUCUGGGCAGACCCCAUCACCGGCGCUGCGCCCAACGUCUGGUCGCGCGCUGUCGGCUGGUACUUGAUGGCGCUGCUCGAAGUCAUUCCGCUCGUCCCCGCCUCACACCCGGGCCGAGCCAAGCUGAGCACGUACUUGACGACGCUCGCGGCUGCGCUCAAGAAGACGCAGGAUCCCGACGGCGGCUGGUGGUUGAUUAUGAAUGAGCCGUAUCCUGGCAGGAAAGGCAAUUAUGUCGAGAGCAGUGGGAGCGCCAUGUUUACGUUUGGCUUGCUCAGGGGGAUCAGAGACGGCUACUUGAAGGAAGCUGAUUACCUCGCUCCGGCGAAGAAGGGGUAUGAGUUGCUGACGAAGAAGUUUGUUAAGAAGAAGGCGGACGGUACGGUGGACUGGCUUGGCACUGUCGAGGUUGGAUCGCUGAAUAGCAAUGGGACGUAUGAGUACUAUGUUGGUGUGCCGCUUGCUGUGAAUGACUACAAGGGCGUGGGUCCGUUCAUGUUGGCGAGUUACGAGAUGGAGACUUGGAAGUAG